AUGUCGCAGCAAGAUAGUACAAUGAAACCUGGUACAAGCGGAGCAGCAGAGAUCGCAGUCGUUAGUGUUUCGUCGCGGAUACCCGAAUUUUGGGUUGAUCAGCCGAGGCUUUGGUUUAUCCAGUGCGAAGCGGUCCUGGCACCCCAGAAAAUGAGUGACGAAGCGAGAUACAACAUGGUAGUCACAAAAUUAGGAAAAGAUGUCAUCCAGCAGGUCAGUGAUAUACUCCUGAAACCUCCCGAGGCUAAGAAAUUCGACACGUUGAAGGAACGCUUAUUUAAAGUGUACGAAGAAUCUGAAAUCCGCCAAUUUCAAAAACUAUUAAGUGAGAUGGAGUUAGGGGAUCAGAAGCCUUCGCAACUCCUCAGGAGAAUGAGAGAGCUCGCGCGUGAGAAGAUACCAGAUGAAACACUGCGAAUAAUGUGGCAAGGACAUCUGCCUACGUCCGUACGAAGUGUAUUAGCUGUAAGCGAAGUAAAAGAUCUAGAGCAUUUAGCAGCAAUCGCUGACAAGGUUGUCGAGACUGCGCGGCCCUUACAAGUAAAUGAAGUACAAGCCUCUCAAAGUUACAAUGCUAACACCGAUAGUGCAUUAAUUUUGGCGGAAAUAGCAAAAUUAAGCUUGAAAAUCAGGAGCUUGGAAAAGGAGAGGAGUUAUGGACGAAAUAGACACAAUCGUCAAAAUAGGUUCCGGUCGCGAUCGAGUUCCCGUGGACGUAAUACGACACGUCGUUCAUACGAUAGUCCAGACUGGCUGUGUGUUUAUCAUUUUAAAUACCGCCAUAGAGCUAGGAAAUGUGUAGAACCGUGCGCGUGGCCAAAGAUGGAAAAGCAGGAAAACUAA